GUCUUUCUCCAGAUGGGCGUGUCUUUCUGCAGGUGGGCAUGUCUUUCCACUGGUGGGCGUGCCUUUCUGUGUGAUGGGCGUGUCUUUCUGCGGGUGGGCGUGUCUUUCUGUUGGAUGGGCGUAUCUUUUCACUGGUGGGCGUGUCUUUCCACUGGUGGGCAUGUCUUUCUGUUGGGUGGGCGUAUCUUUUCACUGGUGGGCGUGUCUUUCUGUGGGGUGGGUGUGUCUAACCCGGCCUGGGCGUGUCCCGAAGCUCCUCCCCCAGACCCUGCUGACCUCGAGGGCGCCCCCUGCCUGCACCCCGGGGCUCUGCUCAGCUGGGCCGCCCGGCGCCGCCGCCUGCCCGCCAUGGCCGAGGCGCUGGCCCGGGGCGCCGACCCCGGCUGGGCCAACGGCGCCGAGGGCAACCGCACCCCCCUGCUGGAGGCCGUGGCCGUGAAUUCCCUUCUGGCCUGCGAGUUCCUGCUGCAGAACGGGGCCAGCGUCAACCAGAGCGACAGCCACGGGCGGGGCCCGCUGCACCACGCCACCAUGCUGGGACACACCGGCCUGGCCUGCCUGUUCCUGAAGCGGGGGGCCGACGUCAACGCGGUGGACGCGGACGGGAGGGACCCCCUGACCAUCGCCAUGGACUUGGCCAACGCCGACAUCGUCACCCUGCUGCGAUUGGCCAAGAUGAGAGAGCUGGAGGUGGCCCAGGGACAGACCGGUGACGACACCUACCUCGACAUCUUCCGCGACAUCUCCCUGAUGGCCUCGGACCACCCCGAGAAGCUCGCCCGGGCCCCUCCCCCCAAACACUCCACCCUUUAGCCACGCCCCCUCGGCAAACCACACCCUUUCCGCAAAGCCACGCCCCCCUCCCCAGGCAGCAGCCAAUGGAAUAAAGGCUCGGUUUGACCAAAAUUCA